ACGAGAAGAGGAACACCCUUCCAACCUUUUUCUCAUUUUGUGCUCGCUCUCCCUUCUUUUUUCUUAUUCUACCGAUUGCUGGCGGUAUAAAAGCGAUUGCGACAUUGCCGAACGUCAUCUAGCCGUGUGGACUUCGCUACGGACUGAACCAAGUAGACUUCAUCGGGGUAGUGCUUGGCUCGUUCCCGAGACAGUUUUAAACGGACGUUAUUUUACUUCUCCUUCGAUAUUUUUGAAAAAUCACAAAUUUACAUACUCCAAAGUGUGUUCGGCACCGUUUCGGAUUGUUUUGUUUGUGUUCGGGCUGAAUUUGUUUCGUUGAAAGUAUCAUUCGCAAUGACGAACUCGCUGUGGGCUUUCCUGGUCGUGGCUACGGCCACCGUCGUCAUCGUCGCGGAAGGACGGGCCGUGAAUCCGAAACCUGUCGCCGUCACCGUCGACUCUUACGGCAACCCGGUCGUUUACUUGCGUGACAAGAGAGCCCCGGCUGGUUACCCCCAACGUACCAUGAUGUUCACCGGCUACUACCGGCCCGUGCGUCGCUCCAACGAUGCGCAAGCGACCGGAGUAUUCGCUCAGGGGAACGCCGUAAGCGGAGGUUCUUACGUCGCCGAAAAACCCGAUUAUCUUGAGCGCGGUCCGGAGCCCAUCGAUGACUCCGGGCUCUCGAGUUCUGAGGCUGAAGCUGCACCGAAUCCUGUGGAGCAGGAUGCCCAGGAUGAGCAACAGGUUAAAUACACACCUGGUAAAGGGCAGUACGACGACGAGGCACCGAAUCAGGAGCACGAUAAACAGUCUGCAGACCCAGCGGAUCCUCCGGUAGUCGAAGACGCAGCACCGGAGCCGACGAAAGCUACCAAACGCCCGACGAAAACGGUCCGACCGCAAAAAACGAAGAAACGUCCAACGGUAUCCGAAUCCGACGAGGAGUACGAGGACGAGAGCGACGACGACUUCGACGACGACGACGAACCGGGCGCACCUUUCAUCCCUUUCAAGAGCAACCGGCGCCGUAACAACAUGCCGAAUUUGAACAAUUUCUUCCCCAUGGUGUUCAGCUUCCCCCGGGGAAUAGCAAGGGGUGGCUCAGCCGAUUACGACUCCACACCAGGAAUGAUCACCGCCAUAGCGAACAGUUAUUCCACCGGGAAAAAAGGGGGCGUAGCAAGCUCGAUGGCCACGGCGUACGGCGGAGCUCCUCAAGGAAAGAAGCACAGGCGAGCUCAACCCGUCCAGGAAUGAUCAUUCCCAUUCGAUUAUCGAGAUCAGAGUCGUCACGUUUUGUACCUAAAGGAAAAAAUUUAUAAUAUUAUAAUUAACAAUUUAAAUGCUAUAAAGGAGAAUUUGUAAUUACAAACCAGUGGAAUAAAGGCGUUUACUGAUGGAUUAA